UUGUUUAGAAGGUGAGAUUUAUCCAUUAUCCUUCGGUUACAGAUACAACCGAUUUUUGUAUUUUUUUUUUUUCAAAUUUAGGGUUUCCAUCAGCUUCAAUGUAGUCGGUGUUCAUAAUAGAUUUACGAGCAGCAGCCUUUUGUGUUCUUCUACAACUUAUGGUGACUCUGGCCGCUGUCGGAACCGUGAUUUCUGUGUCUAAUGGGUGGUGUCGAAAUACCCAAGUGGCUGAAAGGGUUGCCUUUGGCGCCGGAGUUUCGGCCGACUGAUACCGAAUUUGCCGAUCCGAUUGCUUACAUAUCUAAAAUUGAGAAGGAAGCUAGUGCUUUUGGGAUUUGUAAGAUUAUUCCUCCGUUUCCUAAGCCUUCCAAGAAAUAUGUCAUUAGUAACUUGAACAAAUCUCUUUCGAGAUCCUCUGAGUUAAGCCGUGACUUAAAUGCUUCAAGUGUCCGUUCUUCGUCCAAGUUGGGUUCUACAGAUGGUGCAAACGAGAGAGAGGUUAGGGCAGUUUUUACGACUAGACACCAGGAAUUGGGUCAGAGUGUUAGGAAAACGAAAGGGGUAGUUCAAAACCCGCAGUUUGGAGUUCACAAGCAAGUAUGGCAAAGUGGUGAGGUUUAUACAUUGGAGCAAUUCGAGUCCAAGUCGAAGGUUUUCGCUCGUAGUGUGUUAGGUGGGAUUAAGGAGCCAUCUCCUUUGGUUGUAGAAUCAUUGUUUUGGAAGGCAGCUACUGAGAAACCUAUUUAUGUGGAGUAUGCAAAUGAUGUGCCGGGAUCUGCUUUUGGAGAGCCAGAGGGUAAAUUUCGUUAUUUCCAUAGGAGGAGGAGGAAGAGGAACUAUUAUAAUCGUAAAGAACGGUCUUCUGAGCUUAAAAGUGGGGAAAUGGAAACUUUGACGGAGACCCUCGCUCGGGAUAGUCGAGGCACUUCCACCAGGGAUAAUCUGAAUACAAGUGCAGAGAUGUUGAAGCCAUCUACUUCCACGGUUUCCUCGGAGGAUGCUUCACACAACUCUAGAGGGAAGAGUUCAGAUUCAUGUAUUAAUAUGGAAGGGACGGCAGGCUGGAGGCUUUCGAAUAGCCCUUGGAACUUGCAAGUAAUUGCACGGUCACCUGGAUCGCUUACGCGUUACAUGCCUGAUGACAUUCCAGGUGUUACUUCUCCGAUGGUUUACAUUGGCAUGUUGUUCAGUUGGUUUGCUUGGCAUGUUGAAGAUCAUGAGCUGCAUAGUAUGAAUUUUCUUCACGUAGGCUCUCCAAAAACUUGGUAUUCCAUUCCUGGAGAUCAUGCAUUUGCUUUUGAGGAAGUUGUAAGAACUCAGGCUUAUGGUGGCAGUGUCGACCACCUAGCUGCUCUUACAUUACUGGGUGAGAAGACUUCUCUUCUAUCUCCCGAGACAGUGAUUGCAUCUGGUAUUCGUUGUUGCAGGUUAAUCCAGAAUCCAGGAGAAUUUGUCGUCACCUUUCCAAGGGCUUACCACGUUGGGUUCAGUCAUGGCUUUAACUGUGGGGAGGCAGCAAAUUUUGGAACUCCACAAUGGCUCAGCGUAGCCAAGGAUGCUGCGGUGCGCAGAGCUGCAAUGAAUUACCUUCCCAUGCUUUCUCAUCAGCAACUCCUAUACCUUUUAACGAUGUCCUUUGUCUCAAGAGUGCCGAGAUCCUUACUUCCAGGUGUUCGGAGUUCACGGCUUAGAGACCGGCAAAAGGAAGAGAGAGAAUUUAUGGUUAAGAAAGGGUUUGUUGAGGACAUUUUAAGAGAAAAUAAUAUGUUAUCUGUUCUUCUAGAAAAAGAAUCAAGUUGUCGAGCAGUGUUGUGGAAUCCAGACAUGCUUCCAUAUUUAAGUCAUUCUCAAGUGGCCAAUACAAAUUCUGCUGUUGCAACAUCUCCUAGAGAAAAUACUUCGUGCAAUCAUAUUGAAAGUCUUGAUCGUAAUGACAAGAAUGUGCAGAAUUUCAUUGAUGAGAUGGCCUUGGAUUUAGAAAGUAUGAAUGAUAUUUACUUGGACAGUGAUGAUUUGUCAUGUGACUUCCAAGUAGAUUCCGGGACACUGGCAUGUGUAGCCUGUGGUAUUCUCGGGUUUCCAUUUAUGUCUGUCGUUCAGCCGUCAGAGAAGGCAUCAAGGGAACUUUCUGGCGAUCACCUGUCUACUCAUAAAAGGGGAGGUGUUCUUGGAUCGAAGGAUGUUCAUUGCUCUCCUCACUUUGAUGGCACUCAUCCUGAAGAUUCCACUUCUGUACCUGAUGUUAAUUGCCUCUCAAAGGAUCCUUCAGUAGGAUCAGUUCCCAAGUUCGACAAGGGAUGGAACACGUUUAGUAAAUUUCUGAGACCUCGAAGUUUUUGCUUGCUGCAUGCUGUGGACACAGUAGAGUUACUGCAGAAGAAAGGUGGAGCGAAUAUACUUGUUAUUUGCCAUUCAGAUUAUCAUAAAAUAAAGGCAAAUGCAGUGGCAAUAGCAGAGGAAAUUGGGCACAAUUUUGUUUACAAUGAGGUCCGAUUGGAUAUUGCGUCUGAGGAGGAUCUGGGGUUAAUAGAUCUUGCCGUUGAUGAAGAACGCGAUGAGUGUCGAGAAGACUGGACCUCGAGAUUAGGAAUCAACUUGCGGCACUGUGUCAAAGUUAGAAAAAGCUCCCCAACAAAGCAAGUUCAGCACGCAUUGGCAUUGGGUGGCUUGUUCCUCAACAGAGACCAUGGCUUCGAUCUCUCGAAUCUCAAUUGGCCAGCUAAAAGGUCACGCUCGAAGAAGAUAAAUCAUCUGCAGCAUAGCAAACGAUUCCAAAGCAUGCAUAUGCAUCUUAAGGAGGAAGUUUCGGGGGAAAAGUCCGAUUCUAGAAUAGCAAAACAACAAGAAAAGUUUUUCCAAUACUACAGAAGGAACAAGAAAUCAGGGAAUUCUACAGGCGUCAGUUCUGUUACUCAGCCGGCUAGUAGUGGAGAUUCAAGUGACCUUUGUAAUGACAGGAGUUUCAGAAGCAAUGCAUCAGAGUUGGCGAUUCCUGAUCCAACUGGGACGACCGAUCAGCAGGAUGCAGUGCUUCAAGAUUGUGGAAAUACAAACUCCAUCUCUACUGUUGGUAGGAUGACAGAGCCCCAAAUGGAAAAUUGUUUGCCAGAAGAAGCUUAUAUUGAUGGUGAGUUACCCGUGGAUGACUCUGGGAUGCAGCAGUAUAUCACGGCCGCAUUAGACACAAGUGAACCAAAUAAAAACGCUGUAUUACCCAGCUGCACUGUUGGCCCACUUGUCAAUGCCAUCAAUGAAUCUUUUGAACUUCCACAAGAUCAAGAGCUUCUUGAAAGUCGCAAUAAAACAGAUCAGGAAUGUGAUAUUGCUUCGGAGGAGCAAUCACAUGCCCCGGCUGGUGUGUGCUCGGAUGAAGUUAAUCUUGCCGAGUCCACAGGUUUACAUUGUUCCAUCGUUCUUGAGAGUUCGAAAGUGGUGCUUGACAGUGAAGAUGUGAAGAAUUCGAGUAGUGAAGCUUGUGAUGGCAUGACUAGGGAUGAAACUGCGAUUGCUGACGGAAUAAAAGGUAUGGAUGAAGAUUCUUGUAGUUUAAUCCCAAUAAAGCUGCAGCUUUGUCCAGAUACUGAAGGUCACAGCCAGUUUGGUCACUUAGAUGAUAGAACAAAUACUGGAACACCAGAUGCUGCUACUUCUAACUUGAGAGAUAGGACUUCUGAAGUUUCAAGGAUGGCUUGCGAAGGCCCCGAUUUAUGUAAUGCUGCGACAUCAGAUGGUUUACUAAAUAAUCUUCAGACGUUCGAUGCAGAUGUUGAAACUCGGUCUGUUUCUGGCGUCGAGGUUCAACUGAAAGCUCAACUAUCCUCUUGUUUAGCAGAUGAAAAAUCCAUUAAAAAUCUUGGUAGCCAGGAAGAUGUAGACAACCUUUCUGAUGCUUUGAUGUCAAGUACUGGGGUCCAGAAUGAGACGCCUACUGAACCUAGAAUCCCGAUGGACAAACCUGGUUUCAAGUCUUGCAUACUAGGGGAAAGCCCCAUGGAUGUCGAAACUGGCGGAGAGGCCUCGGAUAGAAAAAACUUGACUGGUGGAAAGGCUCCAGGUAUUGACAGUCCUCUGACACAAUCGAAGACCCGUGAUGCUACGGAAAUUUGUUCUUUAAAGCACAAGCCUAGUUCAGAUGUGGAAAAGCGAAGAAAACGGAAGAGACAUGACGAGCUUAGAAUCGAAAAUGAGCUUAGUUCCUUCGAUUUUAUACGAAGUCCAUGUGAAGGGUUGAGGCCAAGGGCUAUUAAGAAUUUAACUCAUCAAAGGGAUAUUGAUGUCAAUAUAUCAGUACAGGAGAAACCAGAGAGCAAGAGAGUGAGAAAACCGUCUGACAACGUUUCUCCAAAGCCUAAGAAAGGAAUUAGAAGAAAAGGGUCUUAUAAAUGUGACCUAGAAGGCUGCCGCAUGAGUUUUGAGACAAAGGUUGAACUAGCCUUGCACAAACGCAACCAGUGCCCACAUGAAGGAUGUGGAAAGAGGUUCAGCUCCCACAAAUACGCAAUGCUUCACCAACGUGUGCAUGACGACGACCGACCUCUGAAGUGUCCAUGGAAAGGUUGUUCCAUGUCAUUCAAAUGGGCGUGGGCUAGGACCGAGCAUAUUCGUGUGCACACAGGGGAGCGACCAUACAAGUGCAAGGUAGAAGGCUGUGGCCUGUCUUUCAGGUUUGUAUCAGAUUAUAGUCGACAUAGACGAAAAACAGGGCAUUACGUCGACCAACCCACCUGAAAAUUCUUUGGGCUAGGUUAAUUCCAUAGAAGCAAAUGGGAUAUAUCUGUAGUACUCAAGAAAGGGCUGAAGAAGCUCAAUGUAGUGUUGUACUUCUAAACUUAGGUUCACUGAUAGUCGUGUAGUGAUAUUAAACUUAUUUAUUCAGAGAUUUGUAUAGCUUGCUAAAGUAAACUGAUGGAUAUCUCUGUGGCUAGAAUGGAAGCACAGACCAAAAGGGGGCCUGGCUGCUUGGGAAAUCUGGAAUUAAAACUGUAUCAUCCUUUAGAACUGCAUCAAAUCUCCUUUUGUUGCAGAUGUGGAGAGAAUUUGUUUCUCGUAAAGGGAGUCCCGACCUUUCUUCUA